GUCUCCUGCAGCUUAGCCACCAUGCUUAUUCCUAAGGAGAACCGCACCAAGAUCCACCAAUACCUCUUCCAGGAGGGCUGCUUGGUCGCCAAGAAGGACUUCAACGCCCCCAAGCACCAGGACAUCGACGUCCCCAACCUCCACGUCAUCAAGGCCCUGCAGUCUUUGGAGUCCAAGGGCUUUGUUGCCUCCCGCUUCUCCUGGCAGUACUACUACUACUACCUCACCCCCGAGGGUAUCACCUACCUUCGUGAGUACCUCCACCUCCCCGAGGAGAUUGUCCCCCGUACUCACAUCCGCACCGUCAAGGCCCCCGCUCCCCGUCCCCAGCGUGAUGGUGAGCGUGCUCCCCGCCGUGAGGGCGGUGACCGCGAGUACCGCCGCAGAGACGACCGUGGCGAGAAGAAGGAGGGCGGUGCUGGUGGUGACUGGAAGCCCGAAUUCCGUGGUGGACUCGGCCGCCCCGCUCGUGCUCAACAAUAAGCUGUUUUCUCCAAGGGAAAGGAAGCAGAGAGUGUGAUUGAAUGUCAUCGAGAACAUUCUCGUUCCCAACUUCGUUAAUACACACAAUGAGACGGGACACGCUGUUUCGCGGUCGCUGAUCACUUUUUUUCUGGACCCGAACACCACCUGUCCAUCAUCCACCC